GUGUAAUGUUAACACCACACCACCACACCAUACCAUACCACACCAUACGACACCACCACCACCACCACCACACCACACCACACCGCACCACCACCAGACACCACCACACCACACCACACCACACACCAUACCAUACCACAAAACAUCACACCACACCACAUCACCACACCACAGUAUCCUUGGCGCCCCGACCUGCCCAGCCCCGCAAAGUCCCGCCAGGCCCCUCCGACCCCCGCCCCAUCCCGCCGCGACUAAGGAAGACGUCGGGAACGGAAUCGAACACAGUAAACUUCUACCUUCAACAGAGACAAAACUGCGACGGAGAUCCCUGCCCUAUCUUGGGCCUAUGCCUCAUGCAGCUUAAGAAUAUCAUGGCAACUAGAGAGAAGGUCCACAGCUUAAGAUUCAACCAGGAUCAUGGAUGCUUCAUUUGCUGUAUGGACUCAGGCGUUAGAAUAUACAAUGUGGAACCACUCACAGAAAAAGCACACCUGAAAGAAAGUGUGGCUGGAAGUGUGGGGCAUGGAGAAAUGUUGCACCGCUCAAAUUUGAUAGCAAUGGUUGGAGGCGGUGCAGUUCCAAAAUAUGCAGAUAACACUGUCCUCAUAUAUGAUGAUUGCAAAUCCCAGCUAGUCCUAGAGUUUACUUUCUCAGUUCCAGUAUUGGCAGUAAGACUUAGGAAAGACAGAUUAGUUGUUGUAUGUCGGCGACAGAUCCACGUGUUUUCUUUCCCUCAUUCUCCUCAACGACUUUUUACCUGUGAGACACGGGACAAUCUGUUAGGACUUUGUGAAGUAUCCCCACUUCCAUCUGCUGACAGACAUAUAUUGUGCUUCCCUGCCCACAAACUUGGUGCUGUACAGUUAGUGGAUCUUUUGACAACGGAAACCACUGUUUCUCAAGCUCCAUUCACUAUACAAGCACACCAAAGUGAGUUAGCCUGUCUUAGUAUUAACAGAGAGGGUACACUGCUUGCAACAGCCUCACUCAAAGGCACUCUGAUUCGAGUAUGGGAGACUGCUAGGAGAGUGUUACUGGCUGAGUUGAGGAGAGGCUCUGACCCAGCAACUCUGUAUUGCAUAAACUUCAGCAGCAAUAGUGAGUUCCUGUGCUGCUCCAGUGACAAAGGCACAAUCCACAUAUUCGCACUGAAAAACACUCACUUAAAUCGACGUUCUACAUUUUCAAAAAUAGGUUUCCUGGGUGGUUACAUGGAGUCACAGUGGGCCCUGGCAAACUUCACUGUUCCACCUGAGUGUGCAUGCAUAUGUGCAUUUGGGGCCAAUUCUUCUGUGUAUGCAAUCUGUGUGGAUGGGACUUUCCAUAAGUAUGUAUACAAGCCAGAUGGUAGUUGCAACAGAGAAUCAUUUGAUGUCUACCUGGAUUUGGUAGCAGAUGAAGAGUUUUGAUGCUGUAGUCUAAUUGAAAAUACAGACUGCAAUUAUUUGAAUAGUGGUUGUGAUACAGUAUAACUUCCUGGAAGUGAUUACAUUAACCAAAAAGUGCCAAUGGUGACUAAAUAAUCAGUUCUUGGAAGUGUUGGUUCUGAAGUAAUUCAUUUCAAUUUUAUCAUUGCACCAAAGCUUGUGUUGUGAGAUCUUAGUCUCCCUAGAAAAAAGAUGCACAUAUUAAUUAAUGCCUGUGGAACCUCCUACAGUUACAGGAACCACAUAACAUACCUGCACUAUGGAACAUCCAAUAUGAUAUGCAACACUGCUACAUCUUUAUGAUCUGCUUCAGUGUUGCUCUCCAGAUCUCCUGUGUCUGCAACAUUUUCAAACAUGUAACUUCUUGGAAAAGAAAAUUAAUUAAAGGCUAUAAUAUGAUCACUGUCAGUGCUGAUAACAGAAAGAAGAUUGUAAUUUACCUGACUUCAAAUCCAAAAUGUAUUUGUAGAAAAUGAAAUGGUAAGGAUAUGGUAUCAGUUCUGGUAUCAGUAAGAAUAGGCCUUUCUUUCAUAAAUUUGAUAGGUAUUACAUUUUAAUUGUAUGAUCAGAAAAUAAGCCCAAUGCCAGUAUCAUACGUCACAUAAUUAACAUAAAUACAAUUGUCCCAUUUGGCAGGUCACCAUUUUUAACCAGCUACUGUUGUGGCUACCAUUCAGUCUUCAAAUGUGACAGGUUCAGAGACCUGAAGGAUAAUGAAAAUCAUUUAGAAUUUUAUUUGUGUCAUUAGACAGUAAUUUUUUUGAACUUUAAAUAGUGAUAGAAGAAUAGUAUGUCCCCAUCACCCUGGCCAAUAGAAAAAUUUGUCAAUUUUGAGAAUAUUACAUAAACAGCACAUAUCAGAUAUUAAUGAGUGAACCACAAACCAGUUACAAGCAGUAUUUUGAAAGCAAAUGUUUCAGUGUAUUUUAUUAGCCUUUUGCUAAUCAUGUAGUAAGUUUGGCUGGAUUUUCUUGAGGAAUUAUCACAGUUCAACUUCAUGGCCUUUUAAAUUUAUGGCUUCAUCCUAGCAGUGUGCAUCCUUGGAAGACGUCAACUUGAAUUUCAGUUUGGGAUGCUUGCUGUCAUGCUUAUUUUAAGAGGGUAUUAUAUUCAUUGUAUUUAAGGAUCUUGGGUCACUAAAUGCUAAUUUGAUGAUUGGUCUUUAUUAUGGAAUUCAAAGGAUCUUUCAAGUUUUAAGGAGGUGUACCUGGCUUUUAUCCUAGUCAUCUGGAGUUUAUAUUCUUGCUCCAUUUUUAAACAUACUAUGUGUGUGGAGCAACAUUCAGUUAAAUCAGCAUCACUAACUUUUAUUUAUCACUGAGGUCUUGAUGAUGGCUUCCAAUUCAUUGCCAUGCAGACUGUUGAGCUUCAAGAUGUAAUGGGUCAGGGUGUUCAGAGACUGGGUUUUGAGCAUCAACACAUUGUAGUUCUGUACCUCCUGACAAAAGUGGGUAUGAUCAGGAAGUCAUCAAGUGGACCUUACCUGUUAUGAACCUGCUUAGCACAUCUGCAUGAGAUUGUUAAUAUUUGUGCAAGAUGAAAAUUCUAUAGAAUUACUCAUGCUACUUUUAUUGCCUCUUAACUGCUAGAUGUCAAUGUCAAAUGGUGAAAAGCAAUUAAAGGGGAUGGAAUUCAGAAAUUAAGAACCUCCAUCAGUAUUUUUAUGUACACGGUAAGACAAGGUCUAAUGUUUUGUCUAAGCUAUCCCCCUCUAAAAGGGAUCUUCAUUCUGAAAGCAUUUUGACAUCCAUUUUACUCCAAAGAAGUCUUAAGGUCAAUUCAAACAUAUCAGUGGCAUAUCAGUGCCAUGUCAGUUCGGUGUGAGUGAAAACCAUAACGCUUCAGUGACAUCUGUUCACACACAUCCAUAGUGACUAUAAAGUGUGAAAUCAGUCAUUUCCAAGAUGCCAAAGUUUUCAGAUGUGGAAUUGGCAAUGAUUGCCAUAAUUCUUUAUGAAGAGGAAGAGACUGAGCAUAAGCUUAAGAAAGGAAAGUGGGUACCUGAAGCAUGGAAGAAAAGAAAAAUUGAGUUGAUCCAUCAUUGAUGAUGGAAGAAAAUUUUCCAAAUAAAGUAUGUUGUUUGAGACUGCUGUCCAUAUACUUUGGCUGCAACAAAUCACACAUAACUUGAUGAUUCCAAACCAAUAAGUAGUUCACCAUUCAUUUCAUUGACAAACUCACAACACUUGUCCGAUGUCCUUGAAGAACUAAAAAAAUAUAGGUGGCACAGAGACAGAACUGACAUGGAGAGUCAAAACUCAACACUGCAUCAGCCAUGUGUAAAUGUGGCAACCUAAUUCAAAGUAAAUUUUUUUUCAUUAACACUAACAGACUGAGCAGACACAGCACUGAUACACCACUGAUAUGUGUGAAACAUAUCCAAAACUUCAUUGGCCAAAGGAGUAUUUACAAGAGAUAGAUUAGAGUAAAUAAAUUUAUAAAUUAUGGAACAAAUUGGUCAAUAGGGAAAGAUGCAAAUCUUGAGCAACACAAACAGAAUACAAGAGGAGCAUUUAAGGAGGCUUAUGAUUGACAUACAAACUUCAUCAUACCAUUACAUAUAUCGCCAGAUCAUUUUUUUUUUUUUUUUCAAAGAAAAAAAAUAUAUGAGAUGGAACAAGACAAUGACUGGUGGAAGUGCCAGUACUAAUUUAUAAUAAUUAAAAUUAAGAAAUACCAUAUUUUUUGGUUGAUGGGUAAAAAAGUUGCAUGGCUGCAUAUAAUUUUAUAUAUUUGUUAAAAUAUAUUUUAUCCAAGUUUAGUACAGUACUUUGUAAACUACUUCAAUAUUAUCUUUUUUAUA